GCCACACGAAGUAAAACUUCAUUUCCCAGCAACCUUUGCGAAACUGCCGUAAAGUGUCCGCUGUCGACCUUCGACUUCUUUUUGCUGUGAGGUGACGCGAAGCGGCAUGGCGAGCAAGGAGCCCAAUGCAAAGUAAUAAAGAUGCAUCUGCAUCAUGUUGUACCGAUUGUUGGGCUAUUGCAGAGAUUGGUCCAAAACCUCCGGGACCUCAUGGGUCGCAUGGCGGGCUCGUCUGGCGGCAGAGGCGCCGGACUCGGAAUCAAACUUUUACUCGGCGCCGGCGCCUUGGCGUACGGCGUCAAAGAAGCCACGUACACAGUGGAGGGCGGUCACCGCGCGGUGGUGUUCAACAGGAUCGGCGGGAUGCAGAUGGACACGGUGCUGGCCGAGGGUCUUCAUUUCAGGAUCCCGUGGUUCCAGUACCCCAUCAUCUACGACAUCAGAGCCAAGCCCAGAAAGAUCUCCUCACUGACCGGCAGCAAAGAUCUGCAGAUGGUGAACAUCGCAGUGAGGGUUCUGUCCCGUCCGAUGGCGUCCAAUCUUCCCAUCAUGUAUCAGCGUCUGGGCAAGGACUACGACGAGCGCGUGCUGCCCUCCAUCGUCAACGAGGUCCUCAAGUCGGUGGUGGCCAAGUUCAACGCCUCGCAGCUCAUCACGCAACGAGCACAGGUGUCGCUGUUGGUGCGGAGGGAGCUUUUCGAGCGCGCCAAAGACUUCAACAUCAUCUUGGACGACGUAGCCAUCACGGAGCUGAGCUUCAGCAGCCAGUACACCGCCGCCGUCGAGGCCAAGCAAGUCGCUCAACAAGAGGCGCAGAGGGCUCAGUUCUUCGUGGAGAAAGCCAAACAAGACCAAAGGCAGAAGAUCAUCCAGGCCGAAGGAGAAGCCGAGGCCGCCAAGAUGUUAGGACAAGCCGUCACCAAAAAUCCGGGAUACCUGAAGCUGAGACGCAUCCGGGCCGCUCAGACCAUCGCCAAGACGGUGUCCACGUCUCAGAACAAAGUGUACCUGAAUGCGGACAGUUUGGUCCUCAACCUGCAGAACCAGGCCUUGUUUGACAAUUUAUCGGCCGGCCAGAAGAAGUGAUGAAGAGCCCCCGCGGUCUUCGUCACAACGGGAGCUCGCCAUCCGUGCGCUCCAAUUGACGUCGCCGCUUGAUUACAUCUUGAGGGCUGAAAUGUGCCACUGCCUGUUUCCGUGGCAACGCAGAGGCGGCGAGGUCACCGGGGCCUGCGUGUGUGACUUUAAAGUAAUUCGCUUUCAGACCGGACCAUUUUAAAAUGAAGGUUUCAUUAAAAAAAAAAAAUGAUAAUAAAAGUU